AUGGUGAACAUUACGGAGAAGAUCAAAGAGAUCGAGGAGGAGAUGCGAAGGACGCAGAAGAAUAAGGCGACUGAAUAUCAUCUUGGACUUCUGAAAGGAAAACUUGCCCGCUACAGAGCACAGCUCCUCGAACCUGGUCCAGGAUCUGGUGGUGGACCAGGAGCAGGAUUCGACGUAUCUAAAAGUGGCGAUGCUCGUAUUGCCCUCGUCGGCUUUCCCUCCGUCGGAAAAUCAACUUUCUUAUCCAAAAUCACGAAGACGAAAUCCGAGGUUGCAGCAUACUCUUUCACUACUUUGACUGCUAUUCCCGGUGUACUUGAGUAUGGCGGUGCCGAGAUUCAAAUCCUAGAUUUGCCUGGUAUCAUCGAAGGUGCUGCUGAAGGAAAGGGAAGAGGAAGACAGGUCAUUAGUGCUGCGAAAACCAGUGAUUUGAUUCUCAUGAUUCUUGAUGCUACUAAGAAAGCUGAACAAAGGGCACUUUUGGAAGCAGAGUUGGAGGCCGUGGGAAUUAGGUUGAAUAGAGAACCACCGAACAUCUACCUCAAGCCCAAAACAGCAGGAGGUAUGAAAAUCACUUUCCAGAAUCCACCCAAGAACAUCGAUCAGAAAAUGGUGUACAAUAUUCUCCGCGACUACAAGAUCCUUAAUUGCGAGGUCCUGGUGCGAGACGAGAAUGUCACUGUUGACGAUUUCAUCGACGUGAUCAUGAAAGACCACAGAAAGUACAUCAAGUGCCUGUAUGUCUACAAUAAAAUUGACAGCGUGUCUCUCGAUUUUCUUGACAAGCUGGCCAGGGAACCGAAUACGGUGGUCAUGAGCUGCGAGCUUGAUUUGGGUAUCCAGGACGUGGUGGAGAGGUGUUGGCAGGAGUUGAGACUUAUUCGGAUUUACACGAAGAGGAAGGGCGUUGAUCCUGAUUUCGGAGAAGCGCUGAUUGUGAGGAAUAAGAGCACGAUUGAGGAUGUGUGUGAUCAGAUUCAUAGGACGCUGAAGGAUACGUUUAAGUAUGCUUUGGUAUGGGGAGCUAGUGCUAGACAUGUUCCCCAGAGAGUUGGAUUGGGUCAUGUUGUAGCGGACGAAGAUGUAGUUAGUAUAGUGAGCAAUUGGAGAGCAUAG